AUGAGUAAAGGCCCUCAACAAUAUGAUUGGGCUAAAAAUAUCCCGUGUCGAAACAUACAGAUCCACGGUUAUUGCAAAUGGGAGAACAAAGGAUGUUCCUUCAACCAUGAUAUUGGCAAGAAAGACAGCCAAUCGGCUUUUCCAUUGCAGUCCCUACAGGAUUCCCUACAGCAGCUGUCUCAAUCGGCUCCGUUAAUGGAAAAGGACAGUAAGUUCAACUUUGAUACACCUGCUUUUACUCCCUCUAAGUUUUCACCUUCUUUAGAUGAUAUUCCUGCAUUUGUACCGGGAAAUGAGGUUGCAGAUGAGGUUGCAGGUGAUGUUUCUGGAGCUCCAAGAGUUGCCGGUGACUUUAUAGAUGGCCCUGUCAGUGGUUCUGCUACUUUUACUGGUUCUGCUACUUUUACUGGUUCUGCGGGUCCUUCAGCUCUCUCCGCUUCUCCACAUAGUGCUCGUUUCAACCCUGAGAUCGCUCCCAUCUUCACACCGGGUCCUUCGACUCCUGCCGAUUCUUCAAUCAGCUCUGCAGGACCCCACCAAAUGGGUCCUCGAGAUCCUCAUGCUGGUACUCUGCCACCACCACCUUUUGCAGAAGAACCUUUCUACCAGCAAACAAACUUAUUCCCCCUGAACUAUCAUCUAUACGCACCGCAACCUCCUCCUCAUGUCGAAAUGAAUAAGAAACCAAACGAGCGAACCGUGAGCGACAUCUUUAUUCCUGAUCAGCUUCGUGAAUACGUUCAACAGAAGAAUGAGGCCAGUUUAAGAGCUAUUCCAAACAGCCAGUUGAACUUACCUUUGCAUGUCGGUCCGUAUCACUCACUUUAUCCUGUUGAUAAGCAUUUCGACAAAACUGACAAGGCCUUUGGCUAUCCCUCUACCGUCUUCAAAUGUGUUUCUAAUAUCAAUGGUAGAUUGUACUGUAUGAGACGACUAGAAGGGGUCCCUGUUACGUCUGGAAGUUUCUUGGAACCUAUUAAGAAGUGGUCCUUAGUGGAUAGUGCCAAUGUAGUUAAGGUCUACGAUGCUUUCACAUCCAAAGCUUUUGGCGAUAUCUCUUUGAUCGUCAUCUACGAUUAUUAUCCAUUAUCACUGAACUUGAUGGAGACCCAUUUCUAUCGAAUAGGAAAUAAGGAUCCUGAAUUGAUUACCGAGAACGUUCUUUGGUCGUAUUUUGUUCAGUUGACCAAUGCAACCGUUGAGAUUCACAGUAAAAAGCUAUUUGUUGGUGAUUAUGACCCUACUAAAAUUGUUGUGACCAACAGGAGAAGGAUAAGAUUUUCUUCAUGUGGUAUUUCGGGCAUUGUGGAGGCCGCUAAAAAGGAUCAUAAUCAGUUUCAAAACGGUAAUAACCUAGAUUCAAAUGGCAACAAAAACACUGCCGAUGAGAUGGCAGCAAUUGCAGCUCAGAAGAAGAGGUCCUGGGAUACCAAAAUUGUGGUAGAGCAGAAGAAAGAUCUCGAAAGAUUGGGUAAUCUGAUUCUAAGCCUUGCAAAGUCCACGAUAUUUAUCAAAGAUUCUUCAAAAGUACUACCAGAUGAAGUAAUUGUCAAGCUAAACUUCUCUGAUGAGUUCAAAAAGCUUUUGAGAUACUCGCUUGAUAAUAAAUCGACUUGGAUACGUUUUCAGGAACUUUUAGCACCGCAUAUAUUGAAGAUUACAGACGCAUUGGAGAACACUGCGGAUUAUAUGGAAGCCAAUUUGACCACGGAGGUUGAAAAUGCCAGAUUGGUUCGACUCUUAGCUAAAUUGGACGUGAUUAGUGAAAGACCGGAAUUUAUGAAAGAUGGAUCAUGGUCAGAAACAGGUGAAAGGUACCCCAUAAAGCUAUUUAAGGACUAUGUGUUCCAUCAAGUAAAUGAGGCCGGAGAGCCGAUGGUCGAUCUUACCCAUAUAGUGAGCUGCCUUAAUAAGUUGGAUGCAGGGAUCGAGGAGAAUGUGCUGCUUGUCAGUCCGGAUGAAAUGACGUGUAUUGUGAUGAGUUACAAGAGGUUGAAGGAGUUGGUUGACAAGAGUUUCCGAGAAGUGGUCGGUAGAUGA